AUGCCCAUGCCCAUGCCCAUGUUCAUGCCCAUGUUCAUGCCCUCCCACGUCUCCUUGCCCGCCCUGUCCUGCCCUCCUGUUCUGCAUGCCCUCCUGUUCUGCAUGCCCUCCUGUUCUGCAUGCCCUCCUGUUCUGCAUGCCCUCCUGUUCUGCAUGCCCUCCUGUUCUGCAUGCCCUCCUGUUCUGCAUGCCCUCCUGUUCUGCAUGCCCUCCUGUUCUGCAUGCCCUCCUGUUCUGCAUGCCCUCCUGUUCUGCAUGCCCUCCUGUUCUGCAUGCCCUCCUGUUCUGCAUGCCCUCCUGUUCUGCAUGCCCUCCUGUUCUGCAUGCCCUCCUGUUCUGCAUGCCCUCCUGUUCUGCAUGCCCUCCUGUUCUGCAUGCCCUCCUGUUCUGCAUGCCCUCCUGUUCUGCAUGCCCUCCUGUUCUGCAUGCCCUCCUGUUCUGCAUGCCCUCCUGUUCUGCAUGCCCUCCUGUUCUGCAUGCCCUCCUGUUCUGCAUGCCCUCCUGUUCUGCAUGCCCUCCUGUUCUGCAUGCCCUCCUGUUCUGCAUGCCCUCCUGUUCUGCAUGCCCUCCUGUUCUGCAUGCCCUCCUGUUCUGCAUGCCCUCCUGUUCUGCAUGCCCUCCUGUUCUGCAUGCCCUCCUGUUCUGCAUGCCCUCCUGUUCUGCAUGCCCUCCUGUUCUGCAUGCCCUCCUGUUCUGCAUGCCCUCCUGUUCUGCAUGCCCUCCUGUUCUGCAUGCCCUCCUGUUCUGCAUGCCCUCCUGUUCUGCAUGCCCUCCUGUUCUGCAUGCCCUCCUGUUCUGCAUGCCCUCCUGUUCUGCAUGCCCUCCUGUUCUGCAUGCCCUCCUGUUCUGCAUGCCCUCCUGUUCUGCAUGCCCUCCUGUUCUGCAUGCCCUCCUGUUCUGCAUGCCCUCCUGUUCUGCAUGCCCUCCUGUUCUGCAUGCCCUCCUGUUCUGCAUGCCCUCCUGUUCUGCAUGCCCUCCUGUUCUGCAUGCCCUCCUGUUCUGCAUGCCCUCCUGUUCUGCAUGCCCUCCUGUUCUGCAUGCCCUCCUGUUCUGCAUGCCCUCCUGUUCUGCAUGCCCUCCUGUUCUGCAUGCCCUCCUGUUCUGCAUGCCCUCCUGUUCUGCAUGCCCUCCUGUUCUGCAUGCCCUCCUGUUCUGCAUGCCCUCCUGUUCUGCAUGCCCUCCUGUUCUGCAUGCCCUCCUGUUCUGCAUGCCCUCCUGUUCUGCAUGCCCUCCUGUUCUGCAUGCCCUCCUGUUCUGCAUGCCCUCCUGUUCUGCAUGCCCUCCUGUUCUGCAUGCCCUCCUGUUCUGCAUGCCCUCCUGUUCUGCAUGCCCUCCUGUUCUGCAUGCCCUCCUGUUCUGCAUGCCCUCCUGUUCUGCAUGCCCUCCUGUUCUGCAUGCCCUCCUGUUCUGCAUGCCCUCCUGUUCUGCAUGCCCUCCUGUUCUGCAUGCCCUCCUGUUCUGCAUGCCCUCCUGUUCUGCAUGCCCUCGCCUCAACGCACGUCCUUACCCCUGGCCCCUCUCCCUCCCUUUUGUUCUCCUCCCCCUCCCCUGUGCGCACUCCCCCCUCUCCCCCUCCUCUGCAGCACGUUUGGCGGCAACCCGUUGGCGUCAGCAGUGGCGCUGGCGGCGCUGGCGGAGAUUGAAGAGGGUGGGCUGGCCGACAGGGCGCAGCGGCUGGGGGAGCAGCUACAGGCGCAGCUGAAGGCAGUGCAGGUGCGGUACCCCCACCUGAUCCACGAGCCCCUCACUCAUUCACCCCCUCACUCAUUCAUCCCCUCACUCAUUCACCCCCUCACUCAUUCAUCCCCUCAUCCCCUUACAAAUCCGUUCCCUCGUGCCCCCAUGCUGUCAUCGCUCCACCUGCUGAAGCCCUGUCAAUUGUACGGCUGUCUCGUGUUUUGCAAUCUAGCACUCUUUACUCUUUCCUCAUCCACUAUCCAUACCCCCAACACCCCCACACACCUGACCACCCCACCUGCUGCAUGGCACGGGCAUGGGCAUGGCAGGGAGGAGGAGCUGGGGCGGGCAGCAGCAGCGCUGGAGGCGGUGUUGGGGGAGGACAUGCCGCGCCUUGUGGCGCAGGCUGCUGCUGCAGGCGCCGACAACAAGACGCACAGCAAGGAGCCCUGCGACCGCUGCGGCCGUGUGCGCUGA